AUGACUGAAGCCCACACCAAAAAAUCCAACUGGAUUCCCCUGGAGUCAAAUCCCGAAGUACUGAACGAAUAUGUUCGUAAAAUGGGUGGUCCCACCGACUGGGCUUACACCGACGUCUUUGGACUAGACCAAGAACUUUUACAAAUGAUUCCAAAACCCGUGAUUGCUGUUUUUUCUCUUGUUCCCAAACAAGACGUAGCACUACAAGAGACAAUUGACACCCAAAAAAUACCAAAAGACUUGAUUUUCUAUAAGCAAACGAUACCAAACGCGUGUGGAACUAUAGGAUUAUUGCAUUCAUUGGCGAAUAAUACACACGCGAUUAAUCUCAAAGAUGGUCCACUCAAGCGAUUGAUUGAGAAAACUCGUGAAUUGACACCAGAAGAGCGUGCCAAAGUGCUCGAGGAAGACGAGGAAUUAGAACAUGCGCAUCGGGAACAUUCUGAACAUGGUCAGAGUAGAGUUCAUACGGACACUGAUUUACACUUUACUUGUUUCAUUCAAAAAGAUGGAUUCUUGUACGAGUUGGAUGGUAGAAGACUUUAUCCGUUUAAUCACGGUCCUUCUUCGGAUUUAUUGUCGGAUUCUGCUCGAGCUAUAAAGAAAUUUAUCGAUCAAAAUCCAAAUGAAAGUCGAUUUAACGUGAUUGCUUUAGCUCCAAAUCAAGAUUAA